AUAAUAUUUUAUUAUAACGCUCUGAUGUUUUUGAAAUUGAUUUUUUAUAGUAAAAUUUCAUCAACUCAAAAUUCUAAUUUUUCACCUAUAAUUAAAGCUAACUUCAAAGAGGGAUCUUGAGACUUCUUAACAAGACACUUGUUGUUAGCUUCUGGAUGAUAAUAAUAAUUUCGAUAAGUAAUUACCCGUGUCUUCUGUUUCUUCAUUCUUUGUUCAUCUUAUCUCUAUUUAUUAAUUAUUUUUGGCAAAUAAGACGAUGCCCCAAGUUUGUUUUUAUAACCAACAAAAAAUAAUCAAUUAGAUAAAAAAUCAAACGUUGUGCAUCAUGCUUUUCAGAGGAGCCCGGUUCAUGCUUUGAUUAUAAUUCUUUACCUUCUGAUUUGUCUACAAAAGAGAGCCUUUCUAUAUUUAAUACUUAAAAUUUGUAAUACCACAAAAAAGUAGGUACAAACAGUGACACACAGGAGAGUACUACAUCAAUCGUGAGCAAUUAUCAAGUGUGUUCGUUAUGGAGCAUCAGUUUUGAUAAAUUAACCGUCCAACCUCUUCCAUAAUCUGCAAGGAUUAAUAUUGAUAUUAUUAAUAUGUCAGGUAUGGAGUGUUGUGAUAACCCACCAAAUUACCUGAGUGGAGCAGGAGGAGAAGAUGGACAUGUCCAACAACUCGGAGGCUUCAACUGUUACAUUUCUGGUCCUGCUCAUUCCACCCAAGCUGUCCUCCUUGUUUCUGAUGUUUUUGGAUAUGAAGCUCCAAAGUUGAGAAAACUUGCGGACAAAGUUGCAGCAGCUGGCUUCUAUGCAGUAGUUCCUGAUUUUCUCCGUGGCGAUCCCCAUAUAGCUAAUGAUGAGAGGCCUUUAGAAGAAUGGAUAAAAAAUCACGGACCAGAUCAAGGGUUCGAAGAUGCAAAACCAGUUAUUGAAGCGUUGAAGAGCAGAUGUGUAACUACAAUUGGAGCAGUAGGCUUCUGUUGGGGAGCUAAGGUGGUCGUGGAACUAUCAAAAUAUGCUUAUGUCCAAGCUGCAGUUCUAUUGCAUCCUUCAUUUGUUGCUGUAGAUGAUAUGCACGCUGUUAAGGUUCCAAUCUCAAUAUUGGGGGCAGAGAUUGACCGAAGAUCUCCACCUGAGCUUGUCAAGCAAUUCGAGAUGGCCUUAAAUGCUAAGCCCGAGAUUGAUGCAUUUGUGAAGAUUUUUCCUGGGGUUGCACAUGGAUGGUCCGUGAGGUACAAUGAUGAAGAUAAAUUGGCUGUAAAAUCUGCUGAAGAGUCUCACCAAGACAUGUUGGGAUGGCUUGAAAAACAUCUCAAGUAAAAUUUGCUCACUGUAAUGACAUGUUUCCUUUGUAUGUGUUUGAUAAUGAAGGUUAGGAGGGUUUUAUUUGCAACAAAUGAUUCCAUCUGCAUCUUGUUGGAAUAUGGAUUUCUCAGCAUGAGAAACGAGUGUUUGUUUUGGUUUAUGAGAUAAUUUGCAAAUGUCAUCAAUAGGACUCUUCAGAUGCAAUGCUCAAGUUAAACUAAUGGAUUUAACUCUAAUCAGAUUUUUGUGUUUA